UUGUCAUCCGUAAUCGGACAAAAAAUCAAUAUCACGAGUAGGAAUUUAUUAACAAUAUUUCUCUCCGGUAUUUUCUCUUUCCCAAACGUCUCUCUCUUUUCGAUCUUUAUAGUUUAUUCUCGCAACGCUGGGUCUCUCUUCCGCAUAGAGCGUAUAUAUGUAUGUAUCCCGAUACCUGUGUAGCGUUGUCGUUAGCGAUGGACUCCGACGAUCAUCGAUACAGGUCAGGCACUUGAAACUUAAUACACGUGUAGAUGGUUACUUGUGUUUGCUCAAGUAGGAAGCUGGUUGGCUAUGUAAUAAAAGAGGACGGAAGAAAGAAGCAAUCUAUGCAAGACACAGACUGUAAUGAACUAGAUAACAGAAUUGCCAAUCCGGACUUUCAAGUAGCUGGAACUCCAAUUCCUCUAAGAGGAAAACAGAAAUUCUUUCAAGUCGCGACCAAAAUUCUACUUGCAACGGAAGCGAGUUUACAGUAUUUUACUGCUGCUACGCAAGUUUUGCCAACAAAAUUCAAUCAAUACGUGGACGUGUAUGGUCUCUAAGGUCUCCGGUGAAACAGUGGUCUUCUUAGAAUGUUCUUAUAUAUAUACAUACACACACACAUAUAUAUAUGUAUGUAUAUGUUAUUAUAGAACUUUUCUUAUAUAUAUAUAUAUAGGGUGUGGUUCAUUGAGGAACCAAUUUGCAUGAGUAACCUAGGAACUAUAACGUAAGCCAUCCACGUGUUAAUCAUCCAACUCACUGUGCACAUAGCAGUUAUCUGCAACAUGUACAAAUGAUUUUCAAUUACAAAAAACUAAUAUACAGCACAUGAUUUACAGUAUCCUGCACGUAUCUUUAUUUAUUAAUUAAUAAAUUUAGUUUUACUUAAAAAAAGUUACAAACAAAUUAUAUCACACAAAAAAUUAUUAAAUAUAAAAUAUGAAUUACAGAAUAUGAGAAACAAAUUACAGAACACUUACAUAAAUAAAAUACAGAACACAUUGGACUUUUUAAAAAUGGAAAUAAAUAAUAUUAUAUAAAAGAAUGAAUUACAGAACAGGAAAAAUAAAUUACAAAACAUGAGAAAAAAGAUUAAAAAACAUGUACACUAAUAAAUUACAGAACAUGUACACUAAUAAAUUACAGAACAUGAAAAAAAAUUACAUAACCGGUUAAAUAUAUUAAAAUUUAAUACUCAAACAUAAAAUUUUAAACCUUAAUUAUUAGGUGUCAUAUUAAAUCGUUAAUUUGAACAAAAAAUAAUAUACAGGACAAAAUAAUAUACAGGACAAAAAAUGAACAAAAAACUAUGAUAGAAAACAAUACCAAAGCAAAAAAAUACUGAACACAAAAAUAAUUGUAAAAAUUUAAUAUUGAGCAGAAAUAUUUAAACACAUAAUAAUAAAUCAGAACAUAAAAUUAUCUAAUAAAAAUAUAUUAAAACCAAAAACUAACACGUGAAAAACCAAGGUUACAUACUUACAUGUAGAUGUAACUGCUUUGUUUAUCCAAAAAAAACGUAACUGCUUUCCACUUUAUCACGUGCAUAUUGGUUGUCUUUAUUCAUACGGUUUUAGUUCCUAAGUUACUAGUUAUGGAGUUCCUCACUGAGAAGCACCCUAUAUAUAUAUAUAUAUAUAUAUAUAUAUAUAUAUAUAUAUAUAAAUAUAAUACACACAUUAUACAAUGAUUAUGAUAUAAACGAUUAAAUUGAUGCAAGAUAUAACUCAAGAAAAAACAAUUUAUGAACUGAAAUAUUAAUUAAAAAUGAUAAAAAUAGAGUGAUUUAAAUAUAGAAGUAGCACCACCCCAUGAAUCCAAACAUCGGAGAAGGACUAUGUAUUCCAACCAUAACAUGAAAAGACUCGAUCAUAAUUUUCCAAUGUAGAGACUUAGUAUAAUACUUUCGGAUUAUAUGACUCACGAAGAACUAAAGGCCUUGUAUACAAGACUUAAUGUAAUAACGUGCUGGAAUAAGAUCCUUAAACAAUUGGGUUUGUUCCAAAUCUCUUGACUAAUUAGAUAAUAGAUACCUAGUCCCACUCGUAAAACAAAUAGGUAAAUACACAAAGAUUCCUAUGCCAAAUAUAAUUAAACUAUUAACUAAAAGAAACAAAACAAAUAUUUAUUUUCAAUCUUUACAAUAUUGGUUUAGUGAAAAUAUUUUAUUUUGAAUCUGUUUGACAUUUUACAUAUUUUAAAUUAUAGUAACAUUUGUUGACUAUUUGUCUUUUCAGUAAUGUUUCCAACCGUUAUAAUGCAAGAAUCUUACUCCGACUACAUCUUAUAAUUUUACUCUUUUAAUUUUAUUAAAGCCUCCAAGUGUAAAAAAAAAAUUUAGGCAGAAAAAUGUUUUUUUCCCAUAAAAUUCUUCCCCCCCAUUUGGAAAAGUUUGUUGUUUUAGUCACUAAUGCUAUGUGCUUAAUUUGUUUUGGGAAAUAAAUUUGGCACUAAUAUUUUCUCUAAUUUUUUUGCUGGACAGAACCAGCUAGAAUGACAUUGGAAAUGUAGCAACAAAAAUAUAUAUGAUAAAGAACUUGUAUGGAAAGAAUCUAAAUUGAAUAGGUGGUCGUGUCUUAUUUAAUGACAGUAAAUGCAAACUAAAAUUAGAAAAUACAUUUUAUUAUAUUAAAUAUAAUAAAAUUUAAUGUAUUCACCAAAGAAAGAUUUUAGUUUAGAAUAUUGUAUGGAUUUAGGAAAUCAUUAAUAAUUUUAGUAUCUUUAUUGAUAUUUAAAUAAUAUAGUCGGAUAACAUUUAGUGGUCUUACAUUUAAGUUAAUUUAAAAUUUAUUUUCUAUAUAAGUAUUGUCAUCAUCAACGUAUCAAAAUAUUAUGACAAAAUUCACAUGGUAACUUGAAAAGUUCUUCUUCCUAGGUGGAGAGAUAGUGGUUGGGAAACCGUUGAUGUAGUCUCAAAUUUUGGCAAUUAGUCUAUCGAAGUUCAUUUGUUCAUUAUAUAUAUUCAUCUUUUUAAUUCUUGUGAUACAUUUAUUGCAUUUGUUUCAAUACUCAUUUUCAAAUUUUUUUCCUUUUUAUCUUUAAAAUUUGUUGUGAAUUGUGCAAAACUAAUGAUGACUCACAUGAAUUGAUAAGAAGAAUAGAUAUAAUGAACAUAUGAACUUCGAUAGACUAAUUGCCAAAAUUUAGGACUACAUCAACGGUUUCCCAACCACUAUCUCCACGUAGGAAGAAGACUUAACCUUUUAACUCACCAUGUGAAUUUUGUAUAUUUUCAACAUUGAUGAUGACAAUACUUAAUGUAGAAAUUAAAAUAUAAAUUAACUUAAAUGUAAGACAACUACUGCUUCCAUCCCACUCAUUUCUAUACAUUUUUUUUCACUGCUUGACACACACUUUAAUGCUCCUAUAAAGUAUAAUUUUGUAACUUUUUUUUAAGGUUUUUUUUCUAGAAUAAAAAUAAGUUAUAGAACUAUACUUUACAAGAGCAUUAAAGUAUGUGCCGCUUCCCCGUCCCCCAAUGUAUACAAUUCAAGGGGAAUGAGGGAGUAAAUAUUUUCGACAAUAUUAUUUAAAUAUCAAUAAAGAUAAUAAAAUUAUUAAUGGUUUACUAAAUACCCACAAUAUCCUAAACUAAAAUCUUUCUUUGGAGAAUACAUUAAAUUCUGUUAUAUUUAAUAUAAUAAAGUAUUUUCUAAUUUUAGUUUGCAUUUACCGUCAUUAAAUAAGACACAACCACCUAUUCAAUUUAGAUUCUUUCUAUACAAAAUCUUUAUUAUAUAUAUUCUUGUUGCUACAAUUCCAAUGUCAUUCUAGCUGGUUCCGUGUUUUUCUUUUUGAAUCCUCAGGUACGUAAAAAAAAAUUCUCGGUUAAUAACAUCUUCUCUCUUUUGAUUUACCCCCCACCCCCCCCCCCCCCCCCCCCCACCCACCCCAAAUCAAGACUGGCUUGUUUCAGUUUUCUCCUUUAUUCGCGUGUCUGCUUUUGCAGGUCCUGGUGAAUUGAGUUUUUUCUGUAGCAAAUGGCUUUUAAGAAUGAAGGGGAUGUCGAAAAGAUGCUUGACCUUUACAUUUACAAUCAUAUGAAGGAAAUUAAUUUGCAGGAUGUUGCUGAAAUAUUUGCAAAAGAAGCAAAUAUUGAAACAUCACAAUUGGUGGAGAUUGAAGUGAACCUGAUGAGACGAGGGUGGCUAUUAUUCUGGCUGACAUUGUGUUCAAGACUGUUGAAUAAAGCUGGAGUGAAUGCACAGUCUUCUGGACAGCAAAUGGCUUUUGGAAAAGAAUGGGACAAAGAAAGAGAACUGGCUAUGAAGAAUGAAGGGGAUGCACAAAAGAUGCUUGAGCUUUACAUUUACGAUCACAUGAAGAAAAAGAACUUACUUGAUGUUGCUAGUAGAUUUGCGAAAGAAGCAAAUGUUGAGACAUCACAAUUGGGGGAGACCGAUGAGAAUUUGCUCUUGGAAUGGUGGGAGUUCUUCUGUCCUGCAUUCUGCUCUGGAGCCAGAGUAAAUGCUCAGUCUUCUGGACAGGCAAUGGCAUCAUGGGAAAAUCAAGGUGCAGGGAGUACCCGACAAACUUCAAUGGUUAAUCUACAACCGGAUAUGCUGGCAGAAUUCUCAACGACGGGAGUGUACUUUCCAGGUGAGGAUAAUGGGAGCAGCCAAAUGCCAUCGAGAGGGAGGGUAGAUUCAGAUGGACUCAAUCAUGUUUUAUCGAGGACUCAUGCACCAGCUAUUUAUCUCUUGCUGAUGGCGCUUUAUGUAGUCAGGACUGAGCCAUGAUGACAUGAUCUAUCGAAAUAUGUACUAGUCAAAAUUUGGGUUUUGUUGCAUUUUCUUCUUUAUCCUUUUAUGACUUCUGUGACCUUAGUUUUGUUACUUAUAUCUAUUCUGAUGGAUACAAGUUCUCAGUCCUGAUGACAUGAUCUAUCGAAAUAUGUACUGGUCAAAAUUUGGGUUUUGUUGCAUUUUCUUCUUUAUCCUUUUAUGACUUCUGUGACCUUAGUUUUGUUACUUAUAUCUAUUCUGAUGGAUAUAAGUUCUCAGUCCUGAUGACAUGAUCUAUCGAAAUAUGUACUAGUCAAAAUUUGGGUUUUGUUGCAUUUUCUUCUUUAUCCUUU